AAAAGAAAUAUAAAGUUACCAAUAUCUAUAUCGAUCUAAUUAAGUAAGUAUGGCUUCGGGACAAGAGAAGCGAGAAGUACUGGAUGAGAAGGCGAGGAAAGGAGAGACGGUGGUGUCAGGCGGCACCGGCGGUAAAAGCCUAGAGGCCCAGGAACAUCUGGCCGAAGGUCGUAGCCGAGGAGGACAGACUAGGAAGGAUCAGAUAGGGACUGAAGGGUACCAGGAGCUGGGACGCAAAGGGGGGUUAACCACCGCAGAUAAGUCAGGCGGAGAGCGUGCCGAAGAAGAAGGGAUUCAGAUCGACGAAUCCAAGUUCAAGACCACCACCUGAUCGAUCAUCAUCAUCACCUAGCUAGCUAGCU